AUGCGUGCAACCGACGAGGCUGGCCCGUCGAAGCUCGCCAAGCGCCCGCCUGCGACGCUCUUCGCGCCCCAAAUCAUCGAAGCGAUUGCGCGCUGCAUUCUCUGCCCGUACACGCUGCUCUUGUACCUGCGCGCACAGCCAGCACGCGCGCUGUCGCCGAGCCUCUGCAGUCUCGUGGCGCUGGCGGCGACGACGCCAAGCGCACACCUCUGGCCUCGCCUCGUCAUCGCAUCGACCAACGACGACGAUACCUGCCAUUACGUUGCGCUGCUACCCCUCGUGCCGUCCAUGGCGCUGCUCCAGCGUAUCGCGCCAAGCUCCGUGCUCGGCCGUGCGAUCGUCGCGCAGUCGCCCAAGCUGCAUGUCGCCAACCUUGCGACGCUCGACCACGUCGCCAACGCCGUCGACGCGUACACCACACAGAUCGUUGGUCUCGAGCUGAAAUCGACGCGCGCACUGCCACGCACGACGACGCGCCCCGACUUGGGCGCGUGUUUGGCCACGUGCACGCACCUCCAGUCGCUCACUUUGCGCGUCCCGCUCGAGAGCCUCAGCCUCGUCGCAUCGGCGCUCGCAAGCAAGCACGGGACACUGCGCUCUCUGCAUCUCACAUUGUUUGAGCCGCGCGCAAGAAGGAUACCUCACAUCGACGCGGUCAGCGCAGAGGCGAGCAUAGCGACCGCUUUCAAUCAGAUUCCGAGCGUGCACGUAGGGAUCGACGGUCUCGUCGCACUGCCGGCGCCGCUCCGCGCAGCGUUGCGAGACGUUGCAUCCAUCGACAGCGUGCAUCUCGGGCGAUCGGUGGCGUCGACGACGACGAUCCUCGACGGUGCGCCACUGCCCGCGCACUGGCGCAGCCUCUGGCUCGACGACAUGGAGCUCAACGCCGUCCAAGCGACGACUGUCGCGUCGACGCUGGAAGACGCAGCGUUGUCGCGCCUUGUGCUCUGUGGUUUUGCCCCACUGCCACUGCUGCUACCCGCGCUCCCAACUCUUUUGCAACUGCGGGCACUAGAGAUCGAAGCCAUGGCCAUUCCGGACGCUAUCGCGCGCGACGUCGCCAGUGCGAUCGGCCACCUCACGCUGCUCUCCGAGCUCGUCGUGCGACAAGCCGAGCUAUCGGACGCCGGGCUGUCGGCGUUGACGAGCGCGUUCAGCCGAGACGAGGGCUGUGGUCGGUACCUCACGCGCCUCGUCCUCGGCAGCAAUACGCUCACGUCGCUCUCCCCCGUCGUGUCGGCCUUGCCCAAGCUGCCGGCGCUGCGGUAUUUGGACGUGCAGGACAACCAGAUUGGAGCUGUUCACAUGGCGUCGUUGGAGGCCGCGCUGUGUGCCCACCCGACGCUGCACGUGCUCGACAUUUCGAGGAAUGGUCUCGGCACGGAUGGCGCCGUGACGCUGCUCAUGGGCGCAGCCACCAAGCCGCGACUCCACGUCAACGCAUCCGACAAUGGCAUUGACGUUGACGCGAUCUAUGCAGCGCAUCGCGAGCUCAAGAAGCACCGCGACCGACUUGUGCUCGAGGCGACGGCGCUGUGGAACGUUCCAAAACCGUUUGAAUAUAGUAGGAUGCCGUAA